GCAGUGCAGACGCAGAAUGUGUCAAAUCAGGCUCUGACAACAGUUUUCCCGAGUAGUUCAACGGGGUUUGCUGAUACAUAAAGUAAGCUACUUCACAGAUGUAUUCAAAGCAUAACUCCAACCUGAAUUGUUUCUUUCUGUGCUCCGUUACCUGAACACCCAACUGGCCACAAUAUCUUUACAUCAGCUCAGCUAUAACGAUGUCUUUGAACCCCUCGAUUUCUUCACGGCGGCUGUUCCUCCAGAUGUCGGGAGCGCCAGGCGCGGGCAAAAGCACCACUGCGACCGUUUUAGCCAAGCCCCUCAAUGCAACCAUCCUCGAUCUCGACGUUAUCAAAUCCUCUCUACUCGAUAGUAGAUUGCCGUUCGAACAGUCUGCGAAGCUAGCUUACUCGAUGCUCUGGGCGCUGGCCGGCAACAUACUCAAGCAGGGUCACAACCUCAUUGUAGACUGCACCUGUAACUUCGAAGAAAUCAUCACCAGGGGAACAGCCCUGGCAAAAGGAGCGGGUUUUGAGUACUGGUACAUCGAGUGCAGACCCGAAGUUGAUAUUGAAGUGCUCGAUGAGAGGCUGCGGGCGAGAGUAGCGAUGAGAAGUCAGCGUACGGGAGUACGCAAUCCUCCGGUUGACGGCGAUGUAUCCCAAGGACGCGAGGAACAGGAGACUUUGUUUCGAAGGUGGGUCGAGAACCCGUAUAGGCCCAAGGAUGAUGUGAUUGUCGUCGAUACCUCGAAGCACUCGGACGAGUGCCGAAAGCAGGUCUUGAAGGCGAUGGAAGAGUGACCAGACCCCGAAGAGUCGAGGAAAAUCAGGGGGAACUUAGUUGACAAGAAGCCGGCUCUGCGAGUAUUU